AAAUGUGUGAUGUGAAAUAAAUUUAAUUAAAGAUCAAAAAAAAAAAAACAAAGAAAUAUAUAAUUUGUUCAUUUGAUUCACGUGGGAUCGAUUAUACUACGACGAUGACAAAUCUCUUGAAGAAUAUUAUUUUAUUAUGCAUCACAAUAACAAAUAUCAAAGGAGUGAUAAUACCACCACCAUGGGCAGAUCCAUUGAGCAAUCCCUGUGCCUUACAACCACGUGGAUGGCAAUUAUUAUAUUGGCCACCUGAUGGGAAAUGUUAUAAAAUCUUUCAAAUUGGAGCACCUUGUCCUGAGACAAUGGAAUUGGGUCCAGCUGCAGGUGGUUCUGGAACGAUAGCAGAAUGCAGAUGUCCACCAGGGACAGCACAAUCUCCAAGAGAUGCACUUUGUUAUCCGAUAUUUACAAGGUCGUCUUGUCCGAGAGGACAAUACUUUGCACCGGUUCCAGAAACCCAUGCUAAAACUAGUCUCAAUUCAAAACGACGUUGGGGUAUCUGUCGAGAACCAGAAACUUGUUCGAGAAUUGGGGAUGUUUAUUGGCCAAGAGACAACAAGUGUUAUCCUAAACUGACCAAAGGACCUUGUCCACGAGGUGAACUUUUAAUUUUAGGAGAAGACGGAUUAGCUAAGUGUUCCUGUUCGAUGACAGGUGAACUGGGAAGAUAUUAUUGGCCUGGUAGUGUUGGUGGGUGUCAUGAACAUUACACAAAAGGUCCAUGUACUGAACCAGGAGAAUUAUUUCUACCUGGUGGUGUAUGUGGUUGUCAUCCUAAAUUACCACACUAUCACGAAUCAACUGGAAUGUGUUAUCAAUUAGGAAGUAUUGGACCAUGUCCAAAAGGUCAUCAGUUUGUUGUUGAUGCAAUGGAUACUCAUCAUCAAGAGGAUAAUGUGAUUCGUGCCAAAUGUAAAUGUAAAAGCAAUCAUGUACUCUAUCAGGAUGGAUUAUGUUACAGAUUGUAUACAAAAGGUCCUUGUGAAAAUGGUUACAUGAUAACUAACACAUCAACUUGUGUACCAAUACCAUGUAGAAGAAGAAGAUUAUAUUUUCCUGAAGAAAAUACUUGUUAUAAGAUUGGUACUAAAGGACCAUGUCCAAACGGACAAGUUGUAUCCUAUGAUUACACUGUACGACCUUCAAUCGAUGGUAUAAGUUACAAUGGAUUGUGUGGUUGUACCAAUGAUUUCAAAAAUACUGACAAGUGUUCGACAAACGAUGAUGAUGAUAAUAAUAAUAAUAAUAAUAGUUGCGAAAAUAUACCAGGAAUGGUAUUAAUUAAUAAAAAAUGUUACAAAUUGUACACUCAAGGACCAUGUACGGCAGGAGAAUGGUUGGUUGCACGAAGGAUUCCGAAAAAUGAGUUGUGGGUUAAUGAGUCACAGUCUAAAGCCAUUUGCGAAUGCCGUCCGGGUUAUAAAAGAAUUACGGAAAAUUUAGAUGCGAGUGAAAUUGAAAGUAGCAAUGUGGUGUCAUCAGGUGAAUGUCAACCACCAACUGUAACGCUAGCUAGACUUUUAAAUAGUAAACAUCAAAAUGAUCAAUCUUUAAAUAUUUGACAUAUUAAUUAUUACAUGAAACAAUCUCAGGCUCAAAUUGUA